AUGGCCCACAUGUACAGGAUUCCACCGCUGCUACAAGAUCUAGAGAUCAAACCCACCGUUCCCAUGUACAAGAUCGAAUCCAUCCAUGGGGCUAGUCAAGUACAGGUGAAUUCAUCCGCUACAAAAUCGGUUUCCGAUCCCGUAAAAGACCUGGAGAGAAAACAACUCGACUUGAUCAAAAAUCUGGUGGAGUUUAAAAAAACCUUGGAUGAAUAUUUGGCUUCUGGUGUGUCCUAUUUGACUAUCGCCGAUGAAGAAAAUACGAAGGCUGGUGGAAAGGCGGAUAAGAAGGCUGCAAAGAAGGAAGCUCGUGCCGCGAAUAAAGUAGUGGCAAAAGAAAAGAAAGAACCUGCACCCAAGUCGACCUCCUUGUUAACGCUUUCACAUCCUCCAAAUUCUACCUUCAACGUAAAAGCUGACCCUGCCAACCCACAUGUUAAAAUCCACGAUUAUCGAAACCAAAUCUCCAAAAACUUUGAAGGAAUUUUGGAAUGUCAAGUUGUUGAUAUCAAAUGGUUAUCAUCCUUGAUCAAAUUGGGUCGACUCCGAGGAAUUCACAUCGGUCCAAAGGCCAACGGAAAGGGCUCAAUCCAUUUCAAAACAACAAAAGGUGAGUGGAGUUCUAGCACUUUCCAGUAUCCAUGAUUUUAGGAACUGUUAAACUUUCUGGAUUGACUCCCGCCCCAAUUGUUGGCCGUGUAUCCGUAUGGAAGAGCUUGGGAUUACUUUUGCAAGUCUACGACCCACUAGACGGCGUUUCCGCGCUUGAAACUCACGAAUGGUUGGUGUUGGCGGACACCUUCCUCAACGACAAGAUCAGCUUUGAUCAAUUCUAUCGACCAGUUAAUCGUCGAUUGAGUGAGAUCGAUUACCUGGCCUCCAGAAGUUCCGUUCUUCUUCCCGAUUUGUUGUUGAAAGAUCUUGUUGGAACCCAUACUGUCGCCAGUAAUACUGAACUUUGGAUAAACCGAGUGAGCAAAGCCGUUUAG